GAGGUUCUGACAGGAGGAGUGUUGUGGCGCAUGACUGAAGUCUUGAAGCAAACUUUUUUUUUCUUUGUAGGCGUCCUAUUUAAAGCCCAGACUCAACUCUGGACGUCCACUUGAGAAACCACACACUAUGGGUCUCUUGACAAUUGCAGCAGCGUCAGUUCUCGGUGCUGGCGGGGCGGUCAUCGCCGCCCCUGUGGUUCUGGGAGCCGUCGGCUUCACCAGCGUGGGAAUAGCGGCGGGUUCAUAUGCGGCAUCGAUGAUGUCAACAGCGGCCAUCGCUAAUGGCGGCGGCGUGGCCGCAGGGAGCGCCGUGGCUGUCCUCCAAUCAGCGGGAAUGGCUGGUCUGGGAACAGCUGCCACAUCUGCCGUGGCCGGUGCGGGCGGGGUUCUUACAGGACUUGUGGCCCUCAUUGUUUAAGAUGCACGUCAUUCCGAUGAAAAUAAAAACCUUUCCAAAUGAAAAUCAAAUUGAAGGCAAACAUUGUUGUCAAAUGAAGAAUUCUAAAUAAACGAAUUUGAGAAAUAUGA